AUGUCUCUGCAGGAUGAUCAGGGUCUGGUCAUCACAUAUUUUGUGCAGAGUAUAAAUAUAGUGGUGUCGUUUUUCUUUCCCAUUCGGCAUCUUUAUACAUCCUUCCCCUCAGGGCAAAGCUCUUUAGAUUAUCAAUUUUUAGCUUCCUUUGUGUUUAGUGGCACUUCCGCAUCGAGUGCAAAAGAGUGCACAGCCUUUCCCUUUCCUUCUCUGCCUGACACCAUGUAUGGCCAAUCUCCUCCGCCAGGCUCCCAUGUUCUAAAUUCCAUGCCGUCUGCCAGUCUGCCUGGGUUCUAUCCCAACCUGAACAGUGGCGGUGCGAGCCCCCCUGGCGCGUAUAACAACUAUACUGCUGUGGAUCCAAACGGCCGCCGAAGCUCCGUCCAUGAAACAAAUAACAUCUGGGCGUCACCCUCCACUAACCGCCAGCGCCGCUUCUCGGUUGAUUUCUCCAUUUUGGCUCCUGAACGGGGGCCCAGCGUGCACUCAGACCCCUUUUCCGUGCCAUUGGCUGCACGCACCACCAAUAUUCCAGCGAGUGCCGCAUUUCCUCAGAGUUCUUUCUUUGCUACCCCUUCUGAGCGGUGGGAUAUGCAGAGGCGUACGCGGGAGCAGCCGGCUGCUCAUCCGGGCGGGCUUUUGGGAGAACCAAACUUUUUGCCUCAUAUCGAGCCGGGCGAGCUCUUGGCUCCGCCCGAAUUUCGGGGUCGUCACUCGACAGGUGACAUUUUUGGCCCUCGGCAGCAUCCUAUGGGCUGGAACCGUCCUUCAUGGGCAGCUGAAUUACACCACGGUAUCUCUGAAAGUUCCGAUCGUCCGGUAGAUCCCACCCGAGUAGAUUAUGCACCAGAGUAUGCGCCUGAACAAUCGCUGUUGCAAGCGGCGCACGCAAAAGAAAAGGCCAAAGAGCCGUACCAAAUUCCUCCAGCAGUUCUCGAGUACUUUUCGGCAGACCCGCAUAAUCGGGUCAAGGUUACAGCCGAGUACUUGGAAAAGCGGUUUUUCGACGAGGAAAAAUACUUGGACAGUCUGUACCAGCUUCCAAAAUUCCCUCUGGGCAGCGCAUCGCACGAGCACCAAUUGGUUUUGGUGGCUUUCAAAGCCGGGCGUGUUGACGUGUUCCAUUUGCCCGAGCAUCCCAAUCUCAAGUCUUUGCAAGUGGGCGAUUUGGUGAUCGUGGAGGCGGACAGGGGCAAGGAUCUCGGUCGCAUUGUCAAGUUCAAUGUGUCAAUUGACGAGGCCCGCCUCUUGAAGCUUUUGGAGUACUUGGUACAACAAGCAGCGUUGAAUGAACACUCGCUUGAUGAUCUUUCAGUCAAACUGCUUCAUCACAUGGGGGGCCAUGGACCACACCAAAACCAUGCUGCUGGAUGCGCUCCUCCUACGCUUCAUGCUCCCAAAGCUAUCUUGGCUUUGGCCCAACAGAGUGAGAUCCAGCAGAUUUUGAAUAAGAAACAGGACGAAGAAAAAGCAUGCCGGCUUUGUUUGUCCAAAAUUGCCAAUGCAACCAGUUCGCAAGAUGAGGUACUGCUGGCAUCUUCGGAGUUGAAGAACAUGCGUUUGGUGGAUGCGGAGUACCAGUUCGAUCGGCGUAAGCUUAUUUUCUACUACUCCACAACCAAGCGAAUUGAUUUCAGAGACUUGGUGCGCGAGCUCUUCCGCAUCUACAAGACAAGAAUCUGGAUGUGUGCUGUGAGCGGAACACCUUAUUCUGCUCGGAAAGCUAGAAGACAGAACAAGGGUCUGUCCCACAACGAAGAAAAAAACAAUAGUGUGCCAGGUCUCGAGAACAAUGAUGUCGGCCGUUUUCCAGAAUUUGGCGCGUCCCAUAAUGGUGCCAAAGUGAACGUGCCACGUGAGUUUCAUGCCAUCAGAGAACUGUCAUCUUCAGAUGAUAUGGCUUUGGAUGGUGGAGAAUCACUUGUAUUAAAGUCAUUGGUUGAUACGUUAGACCGGUAA